ACCAUCGCCCUUAGUGCUGUGUGUGUUCGUCUGUGUCGUGCGCCCUCUUUGCUGAACGUCCUAGUGCAAUGUCUCUGUAACAAGUUACCACUAUAUCAAAAUCAACACUUUGACUUCAAUUUGUUUGUCUAACCUGAAAACGGAUGCGCGUAGUUCGUUAUAUGUGAAUAAUUCUUUUAAAUCGCGACUACGUAAUUGUUCUAUAGUCUUCACGAACAAAAAAAAAAACAAACGUCUGUUUUUGGAUUUAAAUUGGUGGCAAUUGAAAGUGUCGUUUUGAAACCUACAACCAUACCUUUACCCUUUUUUUUUCUUUAAACGAAUGUUACAGACGUUGAGCGGAUUCUACAAUGUGUCCAAGGGUUAGGUGAUUGCACCUGAGUAAAAUGAACCUAUUCGUCUUCAACUGCAAGCGAUCGGACAGCAUUCGUCCACAAAAAUCCACUGUGUGAAUAGCACUUUGUCCUAGCGUCUGCUAACUGUGAACUGGAACUUCAGUGAAAGGAGCCGAUGUCGGCUAACAUUAAACGCCUGGUUGUACACUAUCGGUUGGACCCUCGACCGCCAUCCAAAAUGAUACGACCAGCCACUCCAGUUUUCUUGUUAUUUCUGUUGUGCCAUUUCACCAGUCAAUCAUUUGUGAAGGCCUCUUCACAAAUGUCAGCAGAUUCCAGUCGCAACAAUUUGGAACCGCUUCCCCACCAGCAAAGCAAAGCUUCGCCGGCCUCUGCUAAUUUAAAACGUGGUUCGGCCUCUUCUGACCUUGACGACGGCCUGACGUCAUCGUCGGCAGUGGGUACCCAUUCGGCGCGAUUCGUUACGUCUAACGGCACGCUUAUCACAGCGCAGCGCGGUUCAACGGCAAGCCUACCGUGUGAAGUUGUCAGCCUCGGUGAUGGCGUGGUGACGUGGUUUCGAAGGAAAGACUUCCAUCUGCUGACAGUGGGACACGCCGUGUACUCGAGCGACGAACGGUUCCAUGUGCAAGGACCAAUGCGAUCUACUCAGACUCAAGAUUGGGCACUGCAGAUCCGCUUCGUCCAGGAGCGCGACGCCGGAUUGUACGAAUGCCAGCUGUCGACUCAUCCACCCAGCAGCCUCUUCGUCGAGCUCGUCGUCGUCGAGGCCCAUGCCGAGAUCGACGGCGGACCGGAGAAAUACGUCAAGAGCGGUAGCACGUUGAAGCUGACGUGCCACCUGAGACAGAGCAGUGUGACUCCCGAUUUCGUCUUCUGGUAUCAAGACGAACGUAUGAUCAACUACGAAGGGGCAGCCGGCGUCAAAGUCAUCAGUGACGCAGCAUCCAGCACACUCAUCAUCGAACGAGCUCAGAGCGUCCACUCGGGCAACUACUCGUGCGUCCCCUACAAUGUCAACCCGUCGUCCGUCAUCGUUCACAUCCUCAAUGGGGAGAAGCCGGCGGCAAUGCAGCACAGCAGUGCGGCCCUUCACUGGUAUUCCGUGUCCGUCAUUUUCAUCGUCGAAUGUGUUUUCCUGAAGCUGAACGGCGUCGCUGGAUCGCUGCAAGAGUGGCUGUGACCAUCGUGGCUCAUCUAACGCAAACCGUAGAAAGCAAUUGACGAUUCAACUAUGAAAGAUGGGGGGCAGCGAGUAACAAAUCCGACAGAAUAAAAACGACAAAAAGGAAGAGAAUGGCAAUAGAUUUACUAAUGUACACGAAAUAUAUGUGCUGUAGAUUGAAGAGGCACAUGCUGGGAAAACAAGGGGGCAGAAAAAGAAGUAAACGACAGCCAUGUUAAGGUGAAGAGCACUCCAAAAGAUAAAUAGGCAAAAUGGAUGUGCAUCAGUUGUUCUUCAACUCGUAUUGUAUUCAAAUUCAAGAUUCCAUAUACAAUAUAUAACAGGCCCGCCAUAUCUGUUCAAAGUGUUGAUGAGGCGUGUAUUCUUUCUCUUGUAUAACACUGAGUUCUCUAUAUAUAUGAUAUUUCUCUCAUUCACUAUCCCUGUCAUUCGUUAAGUAAUACUAUAAACGUAUAACUAUUAAAGAAAGAUGGCAAUUGUUUUUUUUUUUCUCUUUUUUUGUUUUCACUUGCAGAAAAACAGCAAUAUUUGCUUUGUUGCUGAUAUAUUCGAAUUGUUUUACAUCCGUUUUUUUUUUACAACUCAUUUCUGAUUCCCCCGCCCCACUAGAACACGGACAGAGAAAACGAUAUAUUGAUGAAAGGUGAAACAAACAAUGACUCCAUUACCAGAUGUUUGACCAUGUUAAUAUUACAAUGUGUUUCCGUUCACGAUUCUUAUGGCGUUAUAAAUAUAUACAAUUCGUCAUGUCCCCCUUCCCCCCCUCUUUUUACCUCCCUCCCUCAUUCCGCCCCACCUUUGCUUUUACAAUUGAGGGAGAGAAAGGGGGGGGGGGGAAGCAGCAGCAGCAUUACUGCCGCGUACGCACCUACAUACUGUACGUGAAAUACAUACCAACUCAAACGCAUAUUAUGCUAGAGUCCAUAAAUCACUUGCGUUAAUAAAGUGUCAACCCGUGCAGGCAGAGAGAGCGAUUACCAUGGAUACCGGCAUGUAACGCUGUUGUGUUAUUAAAAUGUUGGCGACGGCAUGUUCAAACAACGGCAUUGAGCCUAUUUUAUAUUGGUGAACAGAAAUACAUCCCAUCCCUUUGAAAUUCCUGUAUUGGCUCUUUGGUCUUUGUCGUAUAACACCCCCCCCCCCACUCCCCGAAUCACCUUUCCGUUGUAUAACAUCCACAUUUUUGUUUAUCCCGAUCCUUAUAACACCGCCACUCAGCAAGUGGAGCACUGUAGCCAAAAUAUUCUUUCCUUUGCCUCGCAAUCCUACAAAGUAACAAACGAUAAGAAACAAGAAAGACUAAAAGAUUAACCCACAAAUUAACCAUCAGUUGAUUAGUUUCUGUAAAUAGACCUUGAUUAUUUCAUGUA